CUGUAGCUGCAGCUUGUUAGGAACAUGAAAUAUUUGCUAGUAUUAUUGCUGCUUUGGGCGCCCUAUGUGCGCACAUUGAUCUGCACACGUCGUCCAGCAAAUACGCAGACACCCAAGUCGCCGGUUGACGAGAAUUAUGUGAUAAGCAUUACAGGCAAUCCGGAAACGUAUAUACUAGGACAGGAGUACAAUGUCUCGCUGAACGCCUUCAAUGGACAUCGCUAUAUAAGCUUUAUACUCGCGCUGGAGAACGAAUACGGCGACUUUAACUAUAUGAACGAUCUGGGGCGCUUUGAGUUGAGCGACUUAAUCGAGACGCGCUUUAGUCCCAACUGUGUAAACAUGGUGGAGAAUACGAAUACAAAUCCCAAGACGCAUAUGCAUCUCACUUGGAUAGCUCCCAGCGAGCGCGGCAGCGGCUGCAUACUGAUAAGAGCAACAGUGUUGCAGCAUCGCGAUGUCUGGCACAUGGACGAUGGCGGCUUGACCAGACGCAUAUGCGAGGAAGUGGUGGACGAUGUAGAGAGUCAGCCCAGCAGUCACACAGCUGAUGCUCCUUGCUGUGCUUGCGACGAAGCGGGCUAUGAGCUUACCUUUGAAGGCGUUUGGUCGCGUAAUUUGCAUCCACGCAACUUUCCCGCACGCAGUUGGGAGACGCGCUUCUGCGAGCUGCUUGGCGCUUCACAUAGCUCUGACUAUCGCUUCUGGGAGUCUGGUGCGCUAGCCAGCGCGGGUGUCAAGCAGUAUGCGGAGCACUGCUCCUCCAAUCUGCUGGAACGUGAAUUUUCCAUCAACUUUCGUGAGCAAAAGAUACGCACGAUUAUAAAGGCACGUGGUCCUGCUUUUCCUAAUCUCAAUGGCAAAGCAAUGGCAACGGUGCGUGUCGAUCCUUUGCACCAUAUGGUGUCCUUUGCAUCCAAAAUUGAGCCCUCACCAGACUGGAUUGUAGGCAUUAGCGGUUUGGAGUUGUGCAUGCGCAAUUGCACUUGGCUGGAAACAAAGCUUAUUAAACUAUAUCCUUGGGAUAUGGGCACAGAUGCGGGUCCUACUUACACGUCGCCAGAUCAGCCACAGGUACCACCAGAUGUUAUUAGACGCAUGCGCUCAGAUUUUCCAAAUGAUCCACGCUCGCCAUUUUAUGAUGAAAGUGGCGCGCCCAUGAAGCCUAUGGCUACAUUAACCAUACGACGCCGACGUCUCUACGAACGGCGCUGUGCAGAUGAAGAAUCCAACAACGAACCGGAUGUGCCACGUGACUGUCUAACUCAUCCGUGGUCCAGCUGGAGUGACUGCUCAGCCAAGUGUGGCGAUGGCGUACAAAUCAGACGACGCGUUUACAAGCAACCAGAGCUGGCGCGACUGCGCAACUGCAAUGUGCCGCUAUAUGACGAGCGUGCCUGUCAAGGCCAAGUUUGUGGUGGAAUUGAUCCCAUGCUCAAUGCUCGUGAGGAUGAGUUUGCAGAGUUUGGAGCAGCCAGACAACAGAAUACGUAUGAGCGUCGCGCAGAGUGUCAGCUAUCAGCCUGGAGCGACUGGAGUUCAUGCAGUGUUACCUGUGGCGAAGGCUAUCAGGCACGUCAGCGUCAGUAUCUGAGUCCAGGCGUUGAGCUAAAAUGUCAGAGCGUGCAUAGAUUGGAGCUGCAGGAGAUGCGUAAAUGCUCAGGCAGGUCUUGCUUGGGUAAUUUACCAACAGACGAGUCCAUAGGUGGCGAUUUGGAUGCGCCAGAUGAGCAGAACCGCCAAGAACCGUUUGCAGGUGAUAAUUACAACAGCUUCAAUAGAGAGUUUGAACGGGAACCCACGGACGAAAACUUUGCCGGCACAGGCUUUAGCGUAGGCGACUUAAAAGGCAAUCAGCCUCAGUGGAAUAACGUUCCAGAGAUGCCCAUACGCAAAUUGGGACAGACAAUGUCACGCCAGCCGCAGAUGUAUGACGAAGGCAACAAUAGAGCAGCUUACUAUGGCAAUUAUCCACGCUUAGAGGAUGAUGAGCGCACUUCCUGGCAGCGCAAGCAAACUUCAGAUAAUAGCGAAGCUGAAGAUCCUCAACAGCGCUGGGGUAACAACGCUGUGGCAGAGCCACGACAGCGCUGGGGUAACAAUGCUUUGGAAGAGCCACGACAGCCAGAGGAGGAGCGUCCCACUGCAUCUCGUCAAAGUUUCGGCAAUGCUCCCUAUGCAGCGUCAGAGAAUGAAGAUGCUGAAAAUAAUGCAUCACGCGCUUCCUGGUCAAGGCAAAGCUCUAAUAAUAAUAAAUACGAUCAAGAUCGAGACACUGGCGAAAGCAACAUAGAGACAGCAGAAGUGGAUGCUUAUCUAUCCAUACGCUGUUUCCAAAUGCUAGGCACUAGUUUGCCGCGCUGUCACGAUAGAACCAUUGUGGGAAACUUUUGGUUCUACAAUUAUUGCGCCGACGAAUGCAUGUUGUUUGCAGCAGAUCCUUGUGAUCGUAAUGUGAAUAAAUUCAGCAGUUUGGAAGCAUGCGAGCAGUGCCGUCGCCCCGAGUUCCAGCAGCUGCAAGAGAAGCAUUCAAAGUCACAGGCAUGCGAAAUGUUUUUAGCUUCGUGGCAGGCGCAGGAAAAACAUUUGGAGCAAGAACGACAGCAAAAACGCAGACCUUCAAGCAGAAGACGCAAUUAUCAAAAUAGAAAUUAAAG